AUGGAGGAGAAUCUGUCAACGCAGCAAGUGACCCUUUGGCACGAUGCCUUUAACAAUUUUGACUACAACAGCACCGGUAGCAUUGAAUGCUGCGAUCUUCCAAACCUCAUCAAGGCAGUUGGUCAGUCGUACGAUGAGGAGGACUUAGCUGAGUACACUCGGGAGUUUGGCGUCUGUCUUAGUUUCGCCGAAUUUUUGAUUAUUAUAAGGAAGAUUAUUAAAGAUCGAGAGGAAGAGAAGAUCAAUAAGAAGGAGCUUAAGGAUGCUUUCAAAUGUUAUGAUAAGGAUGGGAACGGACACAUACGCGCGUCCGAUUUCCGUGAAAUACUCCGAAAUUUGGAUGGGAGCCAAACGGAGGAAGAAUUGGACGAUUUGAUAGCCGAGUUUGACAGUGAUCGAUCUGGAACCAUCGAUUUAGAAGAAUUUUUAAAUGCGAUGGCGAAGAAGUGA